AUGAAGCGCACGAUGCUCGUGGUCCCGUCCUCUGACACACCGAAGGCGACCUCCGACGUCUUUGUAAUGGGCGCCACUGAGACGAGCGAGUCGUCGAUUACUGCGCAUGCCCAGUACCGCUUCAACAUGGCGGUUCUCAAUGAUAUUUCACUCGUGAUCGACUCCCAGAACAUCGCAACGCAAACGCUGGCUCUUCACAAGAACUGGGUCCCCGAUGAGAACCGUCCUUCGUGCAGCAUCUGUAGUCGCAAGUUCCAUUUCAUGUAUCGGCGGCGACACCACUGUCGACUAUGCGGUGACGUGGUCUGCAAGACCUGCUACGUUACCCGGGCUUUCUGCGUGCGAUGUGUCAUGGGCCUCCAUGCUGUCGCUCAAUGUUGA